GAAUGGCGUGGGCUUUUGAAACCUCAAAGCCUUCCCUCAGUGACACACCUCCUCCAAUAAAGCUGCACAUCCUAAAUCCUUCCCAAACAGUUCCACCAACUGGGGACCAAGUGUUCAAAUAUAGGAGCCUGUGGAACCAUUCUCGUUGAAACCCCCACAAUGCUCUAGUUUCCUGACUGGCAGAGGGUGAAGGUAGGCUCAGACACUUGUUUCCUCCAGCCAGGUCCCCGUGUCCAAUCAGAGCAGAGGAUCACUUGAACUACAAACAGUCUGUGUCUGAAAUGUUUGGAGUUUCCUUUGUGUUAACAAACUUCAUACCAGGACCCAAAGAUCUGGAAUCGGACCCAUGAAGAAGAGGCUGUGUGGAAGACAACCUCCACAAUGUCCCCAACAGGAAUUUCAUGUCUUGGGUAGUUCUUUUCUACAGUGCUAGGGCUGGUUUUUGUAGCCUGGAGGCUAUUGUUGAAAUGGUAGUAUAUAACUUCCUAGGUUUUGCCCACACACACAAAAAAAAACCUUGUCUUUUUUCCUUAUUCUUCCUGGGGAAGGAGAUUUGUCAUGGGAAAUCUUGCGGAGAGGUGAGCCGCCACGUUGUAAGGAUGUGGGGAGAUCUCUGUGAGGAGGACCAGAAGCCUCUGACUGGUCCUCAAGCCGGCUAAUUUAUCCAAAUCAAGAUCCUCAGUUGGAAAGGCAAACUCAGUCUCUGGUUCCAGCAAAAUUGGCAGUAUGUCCUGCAUGUAUGUUGAGAGCAUUCAGUUCUGGAGAACUCUUGGCCAACAAGCUCAAGAUUAAUUUCUUAUUGUUCCUCCAAAAUGUUGUAUCUCCAAGGUUUCCUAUGUAAGGAUACCAGGAUGUUUCAUGGGAAAUGAUGACCAAUUUGAAACCAAGGUCUUGGUCCAGGGUAUUGCUACAAAGACAUGUCUAGAACGGCCAUUGUAUUUCCCAAAGAGUCAGACAAUUCCUAUGUAACCCUGGAUGCGCUGUCAAAGAAGCCACUGAAAGCCUUCACUGUGUGUCUCCAUCUCUACACGGAUAUGAGCACAACCCGCAGCUUCAGUAUUUUCUCUUAUGCUACCAAGAAUAACCCUAAUGAUAUUCUCAUAUACUGGACUAAGGAUAAAGGGUAUAUUUUUGGAGUGGGUGGGCCUGAAGUACUAUACAAGGCUUCUGAAAUUCCUGAAGCUCCAACACACCUCUGUGCCAGCUGGGAGUCUGCUACAGGGAUUGUAGAGCUCUGGGUUGAUGGGAAACCCAAGGUGCGGAAGAGUCUGCAAAAGGGCUACACCGUGGCGACAGAUGCAAGCAUCAUCUUGGGGCAAGAGCAGGACUCGUACGGUGGUAACUUUGAUGCAAAGCAAUCUUUUGUGGGAGACAUUGGAGAUGUGAACAUGUGGGACACUGUGCUAUCUCCAGAACAGAUCAACACCAUGUAUGUUGGCGGGACAUUCAGCCCCAAUGUUUUGAACUGGCAGGCACUGAAGUAUAAAGUACAGGGUGAUGUGGUUAUGAAGCCCCAGCUGUGGUCCUGACCUACUAUUGUGAGCCCUGAGAUACCUCCCGGGAUUACAUUCUCUCCCUUGUCUCCAGUUAUAGACCUUUUAACCCCAACAGAUGCUGUAGUUCUACUCUGUGAAUAUGGCCUUUCACUUCCCUGCUCUGCCUUCCUCAGCACCAGAGCAUGGAAUUUAAGUGUAUGGCUGGGCAGCAUGUGCAUCGUGCUAGGAAUCCCUACCAAAGAGAAUCUGAAUUACACAUGUUUAUAUGUAUUGAUUUUUCUGAGACUGAGUUUCUUUGUGCAACAGUCCUGAUGUCCUGGAACUUGCGCUGUAGACCAGUCUGGCCUUAAACUCACUGAGAUCCACCUGCCUCUGCCUCCUGAGUGCUGAGAUUAAAGGUCUGUGCCACCACCACCUCACUUGUUUAUAUAUAUUUUUAAUUGAGAGCAUUUUAGAUAAUCCCUCACCCUCACAUAGACAAGAAAACAGACACACAGAAAGGAGAGUGAAAUUUUUUAUUUGAAUUUUUUGUUUUUAGAAUUUCAAACAUGAAUGCUGUAUUUACUUCAUUUCUAUCCCUUCCUCUCCAAAUCCUCCUGUGUCUUGACCCCUUAUUUAUUAGUUUUAUAUGCAUACACAUACAUACAUACAUACAUACAAUAUCUAUCACCUAUCUAUCUAUCUAUCUAUCUAUCUAUCUAUCUAUCUAUCUAUCUAUCUAUCAUCCUACUGAUUCUGUUUGGUGUUGCAUGUAUGUUGUUGAGAGUUGACCACUUGGGACUGGAUAACCUAUCAGGUGGCACACCCCUGAAGAAAACAGAUUCUCCUUUUCUCAGCAGCCAUUGAUCACCUAUAGCUCUUCAUAUAGGGGUUGGGCCUUGUGAAAUUUCUUCCAUCCAUGUUAACUAGUGUCGUCAUUUUAUGUGGGUCUUGUUUAGGCAACCCAGAGUGAUGGAGCACUGACUCUAUUGUGCUUAGAGUCCGUUCUUUUCUGGAAUAAAAUCUGUAACUGAACUUCCUGGAUCCAUAAGUCAAUAAAGCCACCUUUGGUUUGAAUGAUUUGGAGCUGUCUCAUGACUAACUUCAUUAUCAACCAUGAAAUCAAGAGUGUGAGUUCAGGCUGACUGUCACUGCCUUGGAGGAUCAUAUCUGUGCCUUUCCACCUUCUGCUGCUGAAAUCUCUUGGGAUGAGUCCCUUUGAGAUGAACAGCCCUGCUUUGGAAAUAGCUGGUCAUUCAUGGGGUUCUCACGUGGGGGUCUGUUACUUUCCCUUUUAGAAUUGCAGUUUGAGAACAAAAAUCUAAAGAUCAUUGAGAUUCAUGAGUUUGUAGUCAAGUUCAAUGAUGGAAUACGUUUGUUUCCGUCUGUUUGGCUACUUAAAGAAACAGACCCCUGAGGCAUCCUUUACCAUAGUCUUUUAGAACUGGGUGAAUGAAUGAUAAAGUUAUUCCAUAAGGCCUUCCUUAUCCAGGGUUGGAGAAGGGGCUCAUUAAGUCAUUAUUUUAAGGAAGGCAUAUGGUGGACUGGCUAAAUAAAGAGGUUAUAGGGUCAAGUCCAUGUCCUGGUUUUGUAACUUAUCAAUGAUGUGGCCUCUAUGACUCGGUUUUCUUACCUACAAACUGGGAGAAAUAAUUUAAUCCACUUAAAGGGUUAUUUUAAGAGCCAGAUACGAUUACACAAAUAGUAACCUCUUAUAAAAGUCAUCCUCUAUUAUUAUUAGUAGGCUGUGUACUAUAUGCAUAAACAUUAUACACCCUGAAAAUACUGCUGCUGGGAUUUGUCUAGCUUGACAGCAAGUGAGUUUCUGAUUUGCUAAGAAUUCAGUUCAGACCAUUAGGAGGACGAACAGAGUGUCUUUGAAGAAAUUAUUUAUGAAUAUCGAUUUCCUUAAUUGACCUUUGAUAACCAUUUAGAAGCACAAGAGUUAAGGAAAUACAUUCUUAGGCAAAAAUGUGAGUGCAGAUAAUUCUCCAUUGUCCAAUUAGGGCAAAUCCAUACACCCUGACACUCAGCUAAGUGGGAGAGAGGGUUGAGGCUCUUUUCUAGUUAACGAACCUAACCAGGAGAUAUGUCUUAAUUAUAGAAGUCCAUCCCAACUCCCCAGGGAUGUGGGAUGAGCUAAUAUGUUCUUCAGAAUUCAAUUAUGGGUAGCUUGCUACACACAGUCUAGUGGAGAGCCUCUGGCCCUGAUGGUUUUAUCCAGGGAAAUUUUAACAGGUAGCAUUUGCAUUCAGUGUGGAUUAAAAAAUCUUAAUAAAUUUUUUCUGUAGCGUUUAAAUUCAAGCAAUUUACCUUACUGGUGGAUACUUUGAUGUGAUCUUUUUAGAAAAUGUAUUCCUAUGGACCUGGUGAAUUGUCAUCCUGUAUGAAGCUGUUAGAUGUAAUCUAAUAAAAUACUAUCUGCUGAGGA